AUGGUUUCAAAGCACAAACAGUGGACACCUACCAUGAUCUGGUUGACAGUAGUACUGCUGCUUUCUUGCAUGCGGGCGUGCCAGGCCUCGACUUCAUAUCCCAGUGUGUAUGGGUACGAGCAGUACAUGCACCAGAGGUACCAGGAGUGGUCCGCCAAGUACGGCCGGCUGCAUGUGGACGCCGACGAGAGGGACCGCCGAUUUGAGAUAUUCAAGAGCAACGUGAAACUCAUAGAUCUCCAUAGCCGCGCCGGGAACCAUCCCUACAAAUUAUCCGUCAAUCAGUUUGCAGACCUGACAGCGGAGGAGUUCAUGGCCACCCGCACCGGCUACAGGAACUCGCCGGCCGGAAGGUUACUGUAUUCCCCGGCAGGACCUGCUGCGGUCACGUUCAGGUAUCAUAAUGUGACUACAGUGCCACCUUCGGUGAACUGGGUAACUAAUGGUGCCGUGACUGAAGUCAAAGAUCAAGGCAAAUGCGGUUCUUGUUGGGCAUUCUCUGCGGUAGCAGCCGUUGAAGGAAUCACUCAAAUAAAAACUGGCAACCUAAUUUCUCUAUCAGAACAAGAGUUAGUGGAUUGUGACAGAAAGCUUAAUAUGGGCUGCUUGGGAGGACUAAUGGUAUAUGCCUUCCAGUUCAUCAAAGAAAAUGGUCUUGCCCGUGAAACUGACUACCCAUACAGUGGAAGCGAUGGCGUACAUUGCAACUUGAAGAAAAUGACCAAUAAAGCUGCAGCCACUAUCAGUGCCUUCGAACGAGUCCCCGCCAAUAACGAGAAUGCGUUGUUGAAGGCGGUGGCUAACCAGCCAAUCUCGAUUGCCAUCGACGCUAGAAGUAAGCAGUUUAGGUACUACAGCGGCGGGCUAUAUACAGGUUGGUGCAAUAGUUUUUUGAACCAUGCCAUGACUCUGGUUGGUUAUCAGACUGACGAGGAAACUGGUGUGGAGUAUUGGUUGCUGAAGAAUUCUUGGGAUCUAGAAUGGGGUGAAGAUGGGUAUAUGAAGAUUCCGCGAGGUCGGUGUCGACUCGCUAGGGAUGCUUCCUAUCCUUUGCUGCAAGCCGCCUCAGCCUCCCACGGCCAACACCGGUGGCCUCCCCAGCUGCACCGACCACCCCCACAGCAGACUCCUACAGACGCACCCGUUGCUGCACGGCCACCCCCUGCAAACUCCGACGGCCACACCCGCCUCCGGCCAGCACCUAGCCUCCCACGGUCACUGCUCCUUCAGUCACACGCAGCAGUAGCAGUUGCCGCCGCCACUCCCUGCCUCCUGUGA